UAUUGCGGGGUUUGUAGAACGGAUAUGGAAGCCUCUGGUGGCAAUAAUUUGCUUGAAACAGUGCUUAAUGCAUAUAACCGACAGCGUCAUAUAGACGAAGUUCCGGAUAGCACACGAAGUAGUUUACUUAUAUCGGACAGCAAUGAUGCAGGGAACGACAUUCAUAUUUCGCCAGUUCGCAACGGGGGACUUGUAAUACAGGAAUUGAAGCUAUCUCAAAAAAAGCUGCGGAAUACUGACGAACUCCCAGAUCUACCAGCACAAUUUGGCAAGAGAAUUCCUCCAUCUAAGCCCCGAAGAAAGAGUAAAUCGCGGACAUCAGCAGCAAUAAUGGCUGAACUGGACUUAGGUGAACCGUUCGAUAUACAAUCUAUUGUAAACUCUGUUAUGACUGAGAAGGCCGUGGCCCCAACUGACAUUACAACUCCACAUAUUGAGAACAUAGAUGGUGUAAAUGAAAAUAUUGUAGUUGAGAUAGCAGACACAGAUCAGCCCAGUCAGCUAUACUCGACAGAUUCAAUGAAAGACGCACAACCCCUCCGCUUUGGUGAAACUCGUCCGUCUUCAAGCGAGCUAGAAGCUGAAUGUACGAGAUUGAUGACAUCAGAAACGUGGUUUGACGAUACCUCAUUUGCGAGCGAUGGUCCGGAAAUGCAUAACAUGUCGGGUGACGAGGACCUCGUUAGUGAUACUGCUGCUGAUGCAGAUCUUUCAAAACACAUUUUAUCAUCGUCGAGUAAAAUUUAUCGAAGACAGCUAUCUGACAAAAGAUUAAACAUUGAAAGUAGAAUGAGCGAUGAAAAUGAGUCCAGUAGUCGACCACUGGAAAGUAUGCUGUCACAAUCUGUGCAAAGUGAUCUUAAUUUAGUGGGAGUAGAAUGCAGUCCAAGGAAAAGAUUUAAUCGAUUUCGGAGUACUAGAUAUAAAGGCGGAAGAAAAUCUGCAGAACAGGAGGACAAGAGUACCAAAAAGGAAAUCGCUCAAUUUCUGGAUGUAGCCGCUUCCAAUGCAAGCAACGCAUAUGCCAAAAUACGACAAUUUAAAAAAGACAAAAUCAGAGAUAUAAAAGCGAAACGUGAUGGACUUUUUGACGUCAGUCCUAAAAAGGGAACCCCAACAAAAACAAACGGCGUUCGAAGUAAUUCCCGUGUAGGCCCUGGAAACCAUCGACACAACGGAGACGAAAAUGCAUAUGACGAAAGGAAAAAUUCGUCUCAGUCCAGCAGCUCGACACUAUCAGCUUACGGUAACGAUAAAGUGUUCAACGCUAGCCACCAAAGGGUGCUGCGGAGCGGUUGGUUGAAGAAACAAGGGGGCAUGAUCAAAACAUGGAACGAAAGAUGGUUCGUGUUGCGCGGAGAUGUUCUUUUCUACUACAAAGAUAAAGAAGAAAACAAAUUGCUGGGAACGAUUACACUCCGAGGAAACGAAGUAGUAGAUCAUCCGAACAAAAUGAACGAACCAAAUAAAUAUUUUUUCGAGAUUAUUCCAGGUUAGAUAUUU